AUGUUUUUGAAAUAGCUUCAAAUCCUUUUGAUUAUUUCGUCUGAACUAGUUUCAAAAUGCUAAACUAUUUUUGAAUUCAAUUCUUUAUACCAAUAUAAGACCACAAUAUUUAAGAGUGAAUUUAGCUCUUUUGCAUCAUCAGAAUGCUAUACAUUUGGGUUAUGGAGUAAAUAUAAUCCACUUGGAAAUAUAUCUUAAGUUGGGGAUGUAGGAGUAUUAGAGAGCAAUUGUUAUCAUUAAUUAAGUGCAAUAGAAUAAACAAAAGAUGAAAUUAACUUUUUGUAUUAUGAUUGUGUGGACUAUUAAAACAAGAAUAUUAAAAAGGUAGUAACUUUUAUUGGUAGUAAUAAUAUAAUUUAUAAGUUUUAAGCUAAUAUAGAUCCAAAUACAUACGAAUCUAUAUGGUAUUUUUUCAAUUUGAUGAUAAUUCCUAAAAAAGCUAGAGUUUUAUUUGGAAUAUUAUAAUUCGAAACUGUUAUUCUUUAAAAAGAAGUUGAAAUUGAAUUUCCAUUUAAAGAUGUAAAUUUGAUUAUCGUUUUUGGAGGAGGCUUAGUAGUAAACAAUAAUUAAGCACUUUAUUCAUUAGAAACCUCAAAGCUUUCAUUUUUCCCAGGAGAAUUUUACUAAUUAUCUCCUUAAUUUUUAGAUAAAUACUAAUAUUGCAGUUUUUAAUCGAUAAUAAGUAAUUCAUUAUCUUUAGAAAUUGAAGAAAUAUGCUUUAUAAAUAUACAGUAACCACAACCUACUAUAAAUGUAUAAGAAUUAGAAAUAAAUUAUUAUAUAUCUUAAUUUUAAAAUAUUAAUACAUUUGCAUUAUAGAGUUGGAUAAGACUUACGAAGAUUAAUAGUUUUUAGGAAUAGAUCAGAUAUUAAUUAAUCAAGCUAUGUGCAAACUUUUAAAAUCCUUAAAUGAUAAACGACAAUUUAUCAGCAUUCUAAUUAUUUUAUAAAUUAUCAAAAAAUUAAAAUUAAUUGAUUAUCACUACUUAUAGUUUAAUAUUUCCAUCAGUAAAACUAGAUUUAUCCAAUAAUCCGUUCUUAAUAACAAAAUCAUUUGACAUAAAUCAUAACAUUUCAUUAUGGCAUCAUUUAUUUGUUUAAAAAUCUGAAACUUAAAUAUUAGUGAAAAUAAUAUUUUAUGAAGAAUUUUAAAUAUAUCAAUAUUAAUUUUAGAGCGAGAUAAUUUAAUUUCAAUUUGUUCAAUUUUAAUUAAUUUAUGGAAAUUUAUUACAAUGCUAAAAUUGUCUAAAUGUUGAAAUGAGAAAGUUAGAAUUUUUUAAUUGUGCAGAAUAAUUUAUUCCCGAAAACAAUUAAUGUCAUAAUAAUUGUAAUUAAUGUGAUGGACCAACUAAAUCAGAUUGUUUAUCAUGUCAUGAAUCCUAAAAUAGAUUUUUUGUAAAAGAGCACAAAUCAUGUAUUUGUCCAUAGUACAUAUGACUAUGAAGAUUAAUGUUAUAGUUUUUAAUUAUUAAAGUUAAAUCUUAAAAAAAAUGAAUUAGAACAUAAAAAAUGUGAAUUUGGAUACUUCGAAUUUGACGAAAAUUGUUGGAGAUGGUAUUCAUAUAUUAUUAAAUAGCCCUUCAAAACUUCUUAUAAAUUUAGUUACCUGUAUAGAAUGUUUGAUUAAUCCAAAAGAUUGGAUAAAUUAUGCAUAUUGUGAAAAGUAUUAUUUCUCUGAAACAAUCUAAAGUCCUUUCUAAUUAAAGAAUGAAAUUCAAGAAUUUUAUGUAUUUGAUGGUAGAGAUUUAAAGUUAUGUGAAGAAUGCCAAAAUUAAGGUAAUAUUUACUAAGAUUAUAUUUCUACACAUACAUAUUUUAGAAAUUUUUGUUAACAAAAUAAUCGUAAGGAAUAAUUAGAAUAUUGCUAUAAAGAUAUUUUUGUAGACUGUUAAAUAUAUGAAAUUUAAAUAUCAGGGCCUGUGUGUAUUAAAUGCAGAGGUGAAUUAAUUUUAGAGUCUAAUAAUUGUAUACGCUUUUUUUAAUCUGUAAUAUUCAAUCUUAUAUGCGAAACUCCAUUUUAUCGGACUUUCCACAAUACCUGUAAAAUAUGUCCAAUUAAAAAUUGUGUUUAUUGUUUCGAUUAUAAUCGGUUAGAUCCAUCCAAAAGUACUAUGUUAGUUUAAUCUAAAAUUAUAAUUGAUAGUGACGAAUAAUUUGUGGUUGGAUGUGCAUAAUGUAAAGAUGGGUUUAGAUUUGACUUUACUAUUGGAGAUUGUGUUUAUUAAAAUCCAUCACUUUAAUUUUGUCUCAGAUCAUAUAUUAAUCUAUAAGGCUAAGAGACUUGUACAUUAUCUUCAGUAAAUGAUUUCAAUAUAGCUCCUUCAAUAAUACAUUGCCAACAAUACAUAUAUAAUUGUGAAGAGUGUUAUUAAACUUUUUAGAAAACCUUAAAAUGUAUUAUUUGUGAGGAUGGGUAUAUCGUAUCACCCAUUAAUGGACUUUGCUCAAAAACAUACUAAAUUACAAAUAAUAUAAAAAAAGAAUAUUUUUGUUUUUUUGAAUAAAAAGAAGCUUGGGUUUAAUUAACUUAAGCAUUCUCAAUUACUUUUUGGUAUUCAAAUAAAAUGAAUUCAAUUACAGAUUGGGGUGUUAAUCUUUGUCCUUUAAAAUGUAUGGAUGGAUAUGAAUUAUUCUAAAAUGAGUGCAUUUAAUUUUGCCACUAAAAUUGUUAAAUAUGUUAAAAAGUACAUAAAUUAUAAACUAAUUAAUUUUUUAUUUGUUCGUUGUGUUCUUUAAACUAUUAUAAAUAUCCUCAUAGAACAUCAGAUAAUAGAAAAUGUUUAAUUUGUCCAUCUUUAUGUGAAUUAUGCUAAUAAAGAUCAAAUGUUCAAAUACAAGUAAUUUUAAAUAAUUAUUUUAGGAAAUUAAUUAGUAUUUUUUAAUUUCAGAAGAAAAUUCCAUUUACACAACUUAAUGUCUUAAAAGCAUUUCAUAAUAAAAUGUGAAAAUUGAUGCAAAUUUAUAAAUUGCUCAAUUUUGUUAUGAUAAUUUUUGUGAUUAAAUUUUUGAAAAAUAAGUAAAUUAUCUUUAAUACAUUUUAGAUAGAAUAUAACUGUGAUAAUCCUAAUAUAUUUUCAAAUUAUGAAUAAUAAUUUAUUGAAUAUAGUAAUCAAAUUGGUCUCUAAUAUUUCUCCUUUACUGUCAAUUUGAUAAGAAUAUGUGAAAAUUUUUACGAAAUUAAAAAUCUUUUGAAAGAAUUUAUAUUUUCGCUUUAAAAGACUUUUUUGAUAUUAAAAGGUAAUUUUCCAAAUAUACUGUUAACAACUGAAAUUCAUAAUUUUGAUGAAAUUGAAUUUAACAAUUUAUAAAUAAUUGUUCAAAUCGAAUUGAAUAUUAUAAUUUAAAACCGAGGAACUCCUUUAGGUUUUAAAAUAAUUGAUACUCUUAUAACUUCUAAUGAAAAAAGUUCAAUUAAAUCAUCGAUAAUUGCAAACAAAUUUAAUAAUUUUUCACUCCAGAACGUAUCAAUCGUCAAUAUCAAUUUACAUAAUUCUAAUCUAUACUUAAUUUGUUUUGAAAAAAACUCUAAUUAACUAUUAUUUGAAUUUUUGAAAAUAAAAGAUUGCACUUUAAAUAAUUCAAUUAUUUUCAAUCUUAAUUAAAUUUAAAAAGAUAUCAUAAUUAAAAAUGUGAUAAUUGAUAGUUGUGAAUUAUAGAAUUCUUCUAUCUUUUAUUUUAUAUCAGAUCGAAAUUCAAAUGUAACUUUAUUUAUCAAUCAAAUUAUCAUCACAGAUUCAAUUUUUAUAGAUUCAAGUUUACUUUAGAACUAUGACAGUAAUAUAAUUAUGACUGAGUUAAAGAUUAUUAAUAGUUAAUUUUAGAACAGUUAAUUAAUAUAAUUUAAUUAGUAAAUUACUGCUUUUGAUUUUUUAUUGAAAUACAAUUAACUAAAUUAGACCUAAUUGUUGAACUAAAUUUCAUCAAAUAAUCUCUAAAUAGAUUUAAUCUAAGCAACUCAAAAUACCUUCUAAAAUUUUUCUUUUUUUAGUGCUAAUUAUUCGUAAACUUAAAAUCAAACUUAUGUAAGUCUUAAAAAUUUAUAUUUUAAAGAAAACAUUCAUUAUGAGAAAAUUUAGAAAUAUCUAUUUAUUUUAGUAUCAUCAUUUUUAAAGAUUUAGAAUGUAUUUAUCACAAAUACCUAAAAUUAAAAAUAUUUUUAUUUGUUUAACAUUUCAAAAAUUUUAAUUUAGAAUAUUGUAUUUGAGAAUGAUUUUUAAUAAUUUAAAGUUCCCCUAUCAAAAGAUUGUUUAAAAAAUAAUGAAAUGCAUUUGUAGAUUAUUUAUGUUUAAGGAUUCUAAGAAUUAUAAAUAGAAAAUAUGUUAGUUCAUUAUUAAUAUACAAUAGAUUAAUCUUUAAUUGAAAUUUUAUCAAACAAUCUUGACACCUAUUAUUCAACUGAACGAAUUAAAAUAGUUAAUGUAACAUGUUUUGGAAAUAUAUUAAUAAAAUUAAGUUUAGGAAAUAUAUUUUCAAUAAUAUCUAUAUUCUCUGAAAAAAAAUAAGUGAUAGAAUUAUAAAAUAUUUAAUUUUCAGAGAAUUCAUUUAAUUAAUACUCAGCUGAUCCAACCAAAAAUUCUGCAAGUUUACUAUUUAUAAGUUCACUUUAUAGCUCUGUUAUUCUAAACAAGAUAACCUCCUAUCAAAAUGUGUUGACAAAUUCUUCAUAUACAUUUAUUAAAUUAUACUCAGAUACAAUUUUAAUUAAAAAUAUCUAAGUUAAAUAUCAUAAUCAGAUAGGAGUAGAGUUUUGGAAUAAAUAUUAUGAUUUAUUUUUAGAAAGUAGUUUAACUUAGAGUUAAAUUAAUUAUUUGAUUUAAGAAAGUUAUACUUUUCAAAAUUAGGGAGGUGUUAUGGAGAUAAAUGCCUAGCAUUUUAACCUUGAAAAUGGGUUUUUUUAAUUUAUAAUUGCUGAGAGCAGUUAAUUAUUCAAAAUUAUUUCUCAAGGAUAAGGAAUAAUGAUUUUAUAAAAUUGUUAUUGUUAAAAUUCUGAAAACAAAAUGUUCAAAAAUUUAAAUUAAAAUGGAGCAAUAAAUCUAGAUUCUAAAAGCAGUUAUUUAUAUUUGAAAGUAUAAAUUUUUCAUUAAGAGAAAUUUACAAUAAAUUUGCCCCUUCAAUAUUCUCAAUUUCACCUUCGCCUUUUAAGAAUAAAAUUAUCUUUAAAGAUUUUUAAGUCGAAAAUUGCUAUUCUUUGAGCAACUCAUUUUUUCAGUUGAAUUUUGAUUCAUAAAAUAGUGAUUUCAAUCAAGUAAUAAUAGAUAAUUUAAUUAUUAUACAUAAUAUUGAAGGAUUAAUCUUAUUUCAUCAAAAACUUGAUUAUUUAGAUUCCAGAGAUUUAUUGAAAAAUAAUAAUGAUAAUGCAAUCAUCUAUAUAUAAGGUUGUGAUAUAUCAAUAAAAAGAUUAUAAAUUAAAGGAUUACUUAUAUUACCUCUAAUCAAAAUAGUAGAUUGUUUUAAGAUAUUUUUAACGGACUUUUUGAUAUAGGAUGUGCAAUUGUUUUAUCCAUCAUCUUUAAUUGUCAUAGAAUAAGGUAGAUCAAUCCAAUCUAUCAUCUAUAUUAAAAAUAUAUUUAUACAGAAUAUAAAGAAAGGCAUAAUGAAAGAUUACUCUCUCAGAUAUUACCUUGUACCAAACAUUACAUAAAUAUUUGAAAAAUGCAAUUCAAUCAAAUAUAUAAAUGUUAAACAAUCGAAUUAAGAGUAUUAUAAUAAUACUCAUUUAUUAGAGUAACUCUAAUAGCUUAACAUUAAUGAGGGUUCGCUAAUAUACUUAAAAAGUUCUUCAAAUAAUUUAAAAGUUUAUUUAAAAUCACUUUUAAUAUAAGAUAAUAACUGCGAAAUUUGUUAGAAUGGAUUAAUUUACUUAAGUUUGAUUGAUUUUGAAAAAAUAUUAAUUAAAGAGUUAUCAUGCAUAAACAAUAUUGUAAAAUAAUUUGGAUGUAUUAACGCACAUUCUGAUUAAAACCUUAAUGCAAAAAUAUUUACAAGUUAUUCUAAUUUUAUUUUGAAUUAAGGUACUCAAGGUAUGGCUUUAAAAUCAAAUAAUGUUAAAGUUUUAUUUAGUAAUACAAAAAUCUUAAAUAAUACUGCUAAUUUAACAGGCGGAGGUAUUUAUUUAGGAUUAGUAUCUUCAGAAGAUUUUAGGAUAUAUUAAACAUUUAUUUUAUUUAAUACAGCUAAGGAAGGAGGAGGAAUUUACAUAAAUGGAACAAGUAGCUUAACAAAAAACAAUUUUAAUUCUUCUUUAUUAUUUCUAAAUACUGCAUUAGAAUCAACAAACAAUAUUUAGGAAUUUCCUUCUCAUUUAGAUUUAUCAUUAAACAAUAUAGAAAUGAUAUCAUAACCAACAUCAGAAAUCAAAAAUAAUGUAAUAAGAAUGUUAAAAUUAAAACCAUAUAAAAUAUUAUCUUAAGGAAAGAUAUUAUAAACAAAUUUUUUAAUGAUUCCUAGUAAUUAAUAUAUAUCAGGAUAUAGGAUAUAUGAUACUAAAACGUAAAAAUAUAUCUCUUAUAUAACUGAAUUGUCAAUACUUUUUAAGAAUUAAAUGAAUGAAUAGUUAAGAAGCUUUAUUAAUUCAUCAUGUUCAAUAAUAUAAAAAACUUAUGAUAUUAUGAAAGUAAAAGAACUAGAAUCAAAUACUAUUUCUAAAAUAGAAUUUGAUUCUAAAACAAAUACUUUUGAUAUAGGUUCAUAAAUUUUUUAAUUUGAUCCUUAUCAAUAACAUGAUAAAAUUUAUGAGAUUUAAGCUUACUGUAAAGUGAAUAAUAAUGAAAUCAGUUUUCAAUAUAAUCUUUAAGUUAAAAGUCUCUUUUGUGAAUUAGGGGAAUUUUAUGUUUCUAAUGAUUGUUAAAUUUGUUAAUCGAGUUAAGGAUAUUAUUCUGUUACAUACAAUUCAACUUAAUGCUCUAUUUUUGACAAAAAUAAAUUUGAAGCAAUAACUUCAAAUAAUAUCUUAUUAAAAAUGGGUUAUUGGAGACCCUAUUAUUUAUCAGAUAGAAUUGAAGAAUGUUUUAAAAAUCUAGAAUUUUGUAAAGGUGGAUGGGGAGUUGGAAAUGAUCUAUGUGCUAUUGGACAUAUUGGUGGAUUAUGUGAAUAGUGCGAUACCAAUAAUGUUAGAGGACUGGGAUAAUAUUUUUAAAAUGAAUAGGGUUAAAAAUGUCUUGAAUGUAAUAAUCUGAUUAAUAAUAUUUUGCCAUUCAUUCUCACUUCUAUUUGGUAUAUAUUUAUAUUAUUAUUUAGGGCCUUUAUAUCAAAUAUAAUAACUUUAAAUAGUAUAUUAACUACCAAUAAGAAGUUUACAUGCUAUCAAAUAAGCUAAAGAUUUGGCUAAAUUUUAUUUAAACUUAAUUUAGGUAUUAAAUCAAAUAUCAUUAUUUAGAUCAGGAUAGUAUAUUACUUAAACUUUUCUUUAACUAUUUAUGGAUAUUUUCUUUAAUUUUUACAUUUAAUAUAAAUUUUACUUUUAGUUUUAGUUUUGUAAGUAGAACAAGUGAUACUUCUUAUUUCAUGGCUAGUAACUUAGAUUGUUAGCUUAUUGAAUUAUUCAAUUCAGAAUUAAUUUAUAGCAGAGUUAUAGCAAUGUUUAUUUUGAUGAAUUUCUAAAUAAUUCUAAUCUAAAUUGGAUUCAAUAUAAUGUCAAUUAUAUCAAAAAAAGAAGUUGAUUAGAGCAUAAUUUCUGUUACUAUACUUUAUUUAUUUGUUUAAAAUUACUCUGCUUUAAUAAAAUAGUAUAUUUUAAUCACUAUUUUUUAGGCUUUUUUCAAUUAUAUCAAAAAGAUAAAUUUCAAAUAUAAAUUAUAUUUAAGGAGAUGUUUCUUUAUUUUAUGGGGAUGGUAAUCAUUUACAAUGGAUAUAUUAUUUUGCUGUCCCAAUUCUAAUGAUUGUUGGACUAAUAUUACCUUUAACUUUUUUAUUAGUUUUGUACAUGAAAAGUCACAAAAUUAAUGAAAUUAGGUUUAGAAAACAUAUUGGAUAUUUGUUUAAUGAAUAUACAGAAAGUAAUUAUUUUUGGGAGUGGAUAAAAUUAUGGAAAAAAACAAUACUUACAAUAUUAUUAAUUUAUUUUGAAACAAAUGUAUUAUUGAAAGGAGUUUUUAUUGCAAUGACUUUAUAAGCUUAUUAGUUCAUUGCAAUAUAAUUUUAGCCAUACAUUAAUCAAAAAUUAAAUAAAUUAGAUAUUCAAACAGGAUAUUUUUGUUCUUUUGCAAUAUUUUUAGCUUUAGUGCUAUAUAUUGGAGAUUAAGGAGAUAAUAACUUUUAUUCAUAAAUUAUUUAAAUUUUAAUUCUACUUUUAUGCAUUAAAUUAAGCUUUCCUUUUAUAUUCAAUAUUUUUGAAUUCUAUUAUAAAAAAUACAAAUUUUAAUUCUGCAAUGCAUUAUUAAAUCUUUUUAAAAAAUAACCUUUUUGUAAAGGAGUAUCUCAAGCUCUGAGUAAUAUAUUGAAAUCUUGGAAAUAAUAGGAAGAUAGAACAAUACAUAACAUAAAAAGGUUAAGAUAAUCAUAUAAAUUCAGAAAAACAAAUCAACACCUAAGGGUAUUUUUAAUAAUAUUUUUGUUAGGAAAUAAUUAAUUUGCAAUCAGUCUUCAAUAAUCCUCUUCUAAACUAGAUAAAAUUAUGA